AUGGCACCUGUGAUAGAGAAAUUAGUAGAUGGUUUCGAAGUUGCAGAAAGUCCACAUUGGGAUCAUAAAAAGCAGUGUUUGUAUUUUGUAGAUUUUGUCGAAGGUACUAUUUGUAAAUAUGUUCCCUCCACGAAGAAAUUUAGUAAAGCCAAAAUUGGUGACUACAACGUUUCUCUCGUAAUACCAGUCAAAGACAAAAACAACCAAUUCGUAGUAAGUUUGAAUAACUCUGUAGCUAUAGUUGAAUGGGAUGGAGAAAGUCCUAACGUAAGUUCAGUGAAAAAGCUGUAUGAAGUAGACGUUGGAACUCCAAAUAUAUUAACUGAUGGAAAAUGGACUAUGGGCGGAACUCCUAGAACAUUUAAUGAACUUGUGCCUGAGAACGGAGCAUUAUAUAGCUUUUCUAAUAAUACCACAACGUCUCACAGAACUGGAGUUAAUCUAUCCAAUGGACUUGCAUUCGAUUACAAACGGGGGAAAAUGUAUUAUACAGACACGUUUACAUUUAAAGUUGAUCAAUAUGAUUUUGAUAUAAAUGAAGGCACAAUAUUUGCUGACAAAACAAUUGCACAACCCGGGUAUUCAGAGGCGGACCUUGUGACUCACGGCUCUUAUGAGACUACUCCUACAGGUGUUACAAAAAUAGACCAUAGAGCGAAUAUGAAAACCAUAUUUACAAUUACAAAUAAAGAACAUUUUUGCGAUGGUAUGACAUUAGAUGCCGAUGGAAAUAUAUGGCUAGCCGUGUUUGCGUCUUCAAGAGUAUAUCAAAUAGAUCCCUUCAAACCAGACACAGUUUUGAGGACUGUGGAACUUCCUGCGGCACAGAUAACUUCAGUCGCAUUUGGCGGACCAAAUUUGGAUGAACUGUAUGUAACUUCUGCCCAUUUUACUGACAGGCCAACUGGAGAAAGUCCGGGAUCUAUUUUCCGGGUAACAGGACUAAAUAUAAAGGGCUUGCCGGCAGAUGAAUUUAUUAUUUAA